AUGAUCGAGAUACUAGACCUGGACGGAGCCACCACGAAUGAGGAAAUUGCGGGCAGAAUAACCGAGGAGACAGGGGCAAGCGAACUCAAGAUAUACGAACAGACUAAACUCAGAUCAGGCGCAUGGCGAACCAAGGCCCUCCUCCCCAGGAAGUCGGCGGAUAAACUCAUCACGUCUGGUAAGAUCAGGAUAGGACUAACCUUCUGCAGGAUAGUGGAACGGUUCGACAUUCCGCUCUGCUUUAACUGCCUCUCUUUGGGGCAUAUUAACAAACAUUGCAAAGAGCCGGCGAGCCUAGAGAGAGCUUGCUUCAAAUGUACGCGAACCGGACAUGUUCCGAAAGAAUGCCCAAAUGAGAAGUACUGCGGGGAAGCUGAACAGACGGGUCAUACCAGCAACUCCUACAACUGCCAGAAUUACCGAAAGCUCAUGAAAGAGAAGAUCGAAAAUCUGAGACGUCGAAAAUGA